AUGGUUGCUGAACUUGGACAAUAUUUUCAUGCAAUUGGGACGGAUUCCAACAAUUCGAUGGAACCCCAAAGUAUCAAAGCAAUUUACAUUAAACCUACGAAGGGACAAUGUCCUGGGCACCAAGUGCUCAACCUCAAUACUAAGAAGAUGAUUUCCCGACCCAAGGUCGUUGUACUACCCGUUACCGAUCAAGUAAUCCAGCCUGUUGAAGCUUGGGCUGCUGCCAAAGGUGUUACUUCCAUGAAGUUCUUUGAUAAGAAGAGAGAUUUGGAGACAUUUCAGGAUGGCGAUCAAAUCACAGGAGUGGAUGACACGGAACAAGGUUACUUAGAAGAAGCCUUUGAUCAGGAUUAUGAACCUGAAGAUGAAGAUGAACGUGAUUUCAAUCUACGUGGACAAUUUGAUGAUAUCGAUGACUCCAAAAGAGAAGAGCUCUUGGCAGAUGCAGACAAUGAUGUCGAUGAUAUGCCAGAACUCACUGUCAGAUUCCAAGGAGAUGAUGACUAUGAAUCAGACGACGAUUCGGGUGAUGAAGGCGAUGAAGAGGAAGAACCUAUUGUGGCCGAUUUGGAACACCAUCAAGAAAUUGUCAAUAGAGGAACCGAUGAUAUUGGGAGCCUUGUUACUGAUCUGGAGGACAUACAAGAGCCGCCGGAAGAAGAGAUUGGAUUUGAGCCUGAAGAGCCUCAAGUAGCAAAAGUCACUCGAUCCGGGCAAACGUAA